AGAAUCAUCGGCGGCCAUAGACAGACCCUUGCGUCUGGUCCUAGCAUCGGUUACUGGCCCAACGUCAAUGCGCGACGAAGAUGCAGCGCCACUGGAAUAAAGGGGCUGCCCCUGCCACUUGACAUCUGCAGGCAUCCACAGGGUUCCCUGCGCGGGGCGAUGCUGCGGUUCCUGGUCGCAACCACUGCCGCCGCGGCCGCGAACGUAGCCGUGCCACGCCUCGAGGCGAACGAUUCCGUUGCGCGGGACGCGACGCCAAUCGAAGGGCGCGUGCCUCCGGAACCCGAACGCAGCGUCAGCGUCGAGCUCGAUGUGAACGGCGUUAAGCACACGGUCACAGUGCCAGCGGGACUGUUGGAGAACACGACCGCCUCGUCCGAGGUACUAGAAACGCAGCUCUCGACGCUAUCGGACGACCCCUCCACGUGGAUUGGCGAGGGCUGUGCUUCAGCGCGGUGCGUCACCGCGGUUGUCUUGGCAGAAUUGCGCCGCCGCACGCGCCCGCGGCCGACGUUGCGCUAUUUGCGGGUGUCUAAGACCGCGUCGUGCGUUUUGUUCGAAGCGCUGGGCGAUGCGAGACGCCGGGAUCCGGCAACGUGCGGUCUGGAGCUGUGGCUGUCGGGGCAUCACGAGGUCACGCGGGACGACGUCCCCCAAAACGACCCGGUCUUUGUCACUCUUCGCGACCCGUGCGAGCGCCUAGCGAGCCUUUACGACCACCUCCGGAGAUCGUCGCCGCCGGGCCACGCUAUUCACUCGUUUCGUAAUGCGGCGGCGUGGGGAAACCACCUUCUUUCAAGCGGCGAGUCCAUCGAAGCCUGGGGUCCCCCCGGGUUCACGCGGCCGCAGCGCGACUACGUCGAGUCGGGGCAGGGCGGGGCGGAGGCUGAGAUUGCGUGCCUACCGACGCUGCGGCGCGACGUUGAACGUAUCCUUGCUGCGCAUGCGCCGGGUUGUCGCCUCGGCGAGCUCGAGACCGACAACCCGGCGUGCGACCGACAACUGGAGCCUCGACCGCGCCCCACCGCCGCCGUCUGCGACGCCGCCGCAAUGAUAUACCCGGGCGACACCGCCCUCUGGCGACGUCACUGUGUCCCAGAAAAGAAAGAAGUAGAUUUGUAA